AUGGGACUCAUUCACUACGUCGCUGUGCUGGUCGGGUUUUUAUUCAUCUUCGCAGGUCUUCUGAAGCUCACACCGAUCGAGCUUGGCAAUGGAUUUAGCCAGUCAGAGAUGAAAGCGAUGUUCAAACGUUAUCUCUCCGUCCUCCCUGUACACCACAUCUUCGGAGUGACGAUCACGACGACCAUUUACAGGUCGGCUGUCGGAUUUGCCGAGACUGUAUUCGGGAGCAUGCUUGCAUUCGGACGCACGUUUUGGAGGGUGACUGGCGCCUUCUAUCUUCUUAUACUCAUGAUUGGAGCAUUCCUGACACAUCAGAAGAUUGGUGAUCCCAUCGCAAUGGCUUCUCCUCCGUUGUUCCUUGGUAUUGUACUCUUGAUUAUUCUUGUAAAUCGACGUGAUCUAAAUACCACCUAUACAAGGACUGUCAAGACGAAAAGUGACUGA